AUGAAAACUCUCCGAAAUGGACACCAUCCAAGACCCACACCCUCUUACUGUAUCCCGAAACCUUGUUUCGAUGAUGAUGACUGCUUACCAGUGCCAAAGCUUUCAUUUUUACCAGCUGCUGCUAUUGUAUUUUUGUUGGGCACAGCAUGCUUUGCUAACAGCUGCAAUGGUGACUUUGUCUUUGACGAUACUGAGGCCAUCCUGAACAAUGCCGAUAUAAAGUCGGAUGUGUCUUUGGCAAAACUCUUUCAACAUGACUUUUGGGGAACUAAGCUAGAUUCCAAUAGCAGCCACAAGUCUUACCGCCCUCUAACAGUGCUUACAUUCAGAUGGAAUUAUUAUUUUGCCAAUGGACUACACCCUUGGGACUUCCAUGUUGUCAAUGUAAUCUUACAUGGGGUUGUGUGUGUUCUUUUCUUAAAAGUAUUUUCUUGUCUGUUUGGUAAUUCUGUUUUUUGUCUGAAGCAGUUCUCUGCCCCCAAAUCUUCCUUCCUGUGUGCGUUGAUUUAUUCUGUGCAUCCAAUACACACAGAAAAUGUUGCUGGAAUUGUUGGUCGUGCCGAUCUGCUGUGUGCUUUGCUUGUCGGCAUGUCUUUGUUAUGUUAUGUCCAGGCAUGUAUCUCAGGUGAAGAUGAGGACACAGAGAUCCCUACUGACUUUUCCUUACCUUGGUUACUGCUCAGUACAAUACUCAUAGCAUUGGCCAUGCUGUGUAAAGAGCAAGGAAUUACAGCUAUUGGAAUUUCCAGUGCCUAUGACAUUAUUGUUGUUUGUCGUAUUGAUUUGUUUCCAUUUCGCCAAAAGAAAUACAUCCAAGAAACUCAAAAUGUAAAGAAUUCUUGGUGGAAGUCUUUGAUACUGCGACAAUUUAUCCUCUUGGUAUGUGGUCUUCUGCUGCUUGGAAUUCGUUGGAGAGUGAUGGGUUCUACAACCCCAACAUUUCAACAUGCUGAUAAUCCCCAUUCAUUCAUUUCAAGUGCUUUUCUUAGGUUAGUGAACUACAGUUACAUUUAUGCUUUGAAUUUCUGGUUGCUACUUAAUCCAUGGUGGUUGUGUUUUGAUUGGUCAAUGGGCUGUGUACCAACCAUUGAAUCUGUUGUUGACCCAAGAAUUGGUGUGGCCCUGUUAUUUUGGGUGGUAUUGAUAACACUGAUUCUGACUUCUAUAUCCUACCCAGUGGAACACUACAAAAGGAUUCUUUCAAUGGGCUUUGCCAUUCUUGUGGUGCCAUUUCUUCCUGCUUCUAACCUGUUCUUCAGAGUUGGAUUUGUGAUUGCUGAGCGAAUCCUCUACCUCCCCAGUGCUGGAUUCUGCAUGUUGGUUGUGACUGGAGCCCGAAUGUUUUGCCAAUUUAGCUCGGUGGCAAGAAAGGUUGUGGCUUCAUUUUUUUUAUUCCUGAUUGUCAUCUACAUCUUCAGAUCUGUCCAGAGAAGUGCCGAGUGGCUGACAGAAUCAGAGCUCUUUAUAAAAGGAGAAAAAGUGUGUCCCUUAAAUGCAAAGGUUCAUUAUAAUAUUGCUAAGGUGAAAGCUGAUGAAGGUGCUAUAGAUUUUGCCAUUGAAAAAUACCAUUUGGCCAUCAAGCUAUAUCCUGAAUAUGAUCAGGCUAUGAAUAAUUUAGCAAACAUUUUGAAGGAGAGAAACAAAGAAGAAGAAGCCAGAGAAUUACUUGAAAAAGCUGUUCAAAUCAGGCCUUCAUUUGCAGCGGCUUGGAUGAAUUUGGGCAUUGUACAAGCUUCCAUGAAAAAAUAUGAUGAGGCAUUAGUCAGCUAUACCAAUGCCAUUCGUCAUAGGCGCAAUUAUCCUGACUGUUUUUAUAAUUUAGGCAAUUUGUUCUUGGAGACUAAACGAUAUGACUUGGCACUUCAAGCAUGGAAAAAUGCUACAAUCCGAAAACCCACACACCUCAGUUCCUGGAGUAAUAUGAUCAUUCUACUUGAUUCUCUUGAUGAUUUGAAAGCUGCAGAAGCAGCAGGUUAUAGUGCUAUAAAUCAUUUACCUCAGGAAUCAAUUUUGUAUUUGCACCUGGGCAGUGUGUUGGGUAAAAUGGACCGUUACAAAGAAAGUGAACAAAGCUUCCUUCAUGCAAUUAAGCUCAUGCCCACCAAUUCCCGUUAUUACCUCAACUUAGGGGUCCUUUAUCAUCGAUGGGGAAAGUUUUCAGAAGCUGUGACUGCUUACAAGAAAUCUCUAAGCCUGGACCCAACUCAGAAAAAUGCUCAACAAUAUUUACAAACAGUGCAGAAAAAGAUAAACAGACAAAUGUGA